GGUGCCCACCAGCACGCCGGUUUGCCUCGGCCCGCAGGCCAUCUGCUGCAGCGAGACGCUCUGUUCGGUUCUCAACGGCUGUUCCAGGUAGAAGCAUACAUGGCUCCUGGUGUCCCAAAUGAGAAGAAAACUGAUGAUGCACAGACUUCAAAAGAGAAUUUUAUCCAUCUCUGCAACCCUCACAUGGAGAAAAUGAAAGAAGAUAUCCUGUACCAUUUUGCUCUUGGGACUGGUACCCAUGAUUUUCCAGCAUUGUUUGGAGAUGUAAAGUUUGUAUGUGUUGGAGGAAGUCCUUCACGGAUGAAAGCUUUUAUUGCCUACAUAGCUGAAGAACUGGGACUUGGGAGCCCUAGUUGUGACUACCCUAACAUCUGUGCGGGAACUGACCGUUAUGCAAUGUACAAAGUGGGACCUGUUUUGUCAGUCAGUCAUGGCAUGGGCAUUCCUUCUAUUUCAAUUAUGUUGCACGAGCUGAUCAAACUGUUGUAUCAUGCCAAGUGUUCCAACAUAACCAUUUUUCGCAUUGGCACCUCUGGUGGAAUAGGUCUGCCGCCAGGCUCAGUGGUUAUAACUAGGCAGUCUGUAGAUGCCACCUUCAAACCUCAGUUUGAGCAGAUUGUUCUGGGAAAGACUGUAAUUCGCAGUACAAACCUGGAUGAACAGCUUGCUAAGGAACUGAUGCAGUGCAGUAAAGAAAUUGAUCAAUUCAAUACAGUCAUUGGAAACACUAUGUGCACUUUGGAUUUCUAUGAAGGACAGGGCAGGUUGGAUGGUGCAAUCUGCUUAUAUAAUGAAGAAGAGAAACUGAAAUAUUUGAAGGAAGCUUAUGAUUCUGGUGUCAGAAACAUAGAGAUGGAGUCUUCCGUAUUUGCUGCAAUGUGUAACCUCAGUGGUGUCAAAGCUGCUGUAGUGUGUGUCACUCUUCUGAAUCGGUUUGAAGGGGAUCAGAUUAGUUGCUCACAUGAUGUACUUGUGGAGUAUCAGCAGCGACCACAGAAGUUAGUGGGAUACUUCAUUAAGAAAAGUCUUGAGAAAGUGUAAAAUACCCAUCUUUAUUUUAUAGAAGCAGAAGGCUUUUGCACAACUCAAGCCAUGGUCAUGAUUUCUGUGCAUUGAAGGUCAUUUGCCUCAGAAUAGCUUAUGGCAUUCUGUGUUAAAUCAUUUAUGUGCUUUGGGAAUUGUGUGCUGAAUGGACUUCAGUUAAGUUUUGCUUAGUUAUACAUUGUUGGAUUUAAGACUUACUUUUCUGUGAAUUGGAAAGUGGCUCUUUUGUAAAGGACAAGCCUAUUAUAAAAUAUGAAAAAGCUUUCUUUAUUCCUGCUGUAAGAGAAAAACUAGGAAGAAAAUAAAACUUUCUUGCUAAAUACUUGCAAACAGCCAAAUUAU